UACGCUAUGGCAGAAUACUUCUACCUCUUGCCAAAAUGAACGCUGAGCAGAAAUGAAGAGCUCUGAGGAACGUGAACAAAAAAUUACAGACUAAAAUAUCAACACUCCUCUGGAGUUUUAUUUCUACAGAGUCAUCAUUAAAAAGGUAUUUUCACCAUGUUUGGAAAGAAAAAGAAAAAGAUUGAAAUAUCAGGGCCAUCCAACUUUGAACACAGGGUUCACACUGGAUUUGAUCCUCAAGAACAGAAGUUUACAGGCCUUCCCCAGCAGUGGCAUAGCCUUUUAGCAGACACAGCCAACAGGCCGAAGCCCAUGGUAGACCCAUCAUGCAUCACACCCAUCCAGCUGGCUCCCAUGAAGACAAUCGUUAGAGGCAACAAACCCUGCAAGGAAACCUCCAUCAAUGGCCUUCUUGAGGAUUUUGACAACAUCUCUGUGACUCGAUCCAACUCCCUAAGGAAAGAGAGCCCGCCCACCCCAGAUCAGGGAGCCUCCAGCCAUGUGCCAGGCCCACGGGAAGAAAAUGGCUUCAUUACCUUCUCCCAGUAUUCCAGCGAAUCCGACACCACCGCUGACUACGCCACUCGAGAAAAGAGUUUCUAUGGAGACGACUUGGACCCAUAUUUUAAAAGCAGCCAGGGAGCCAAGCAAAAUGGGCAUGUGAUGAAAAUGAAGUCUGGGGAGGCCUACUAUUCUGAGAUGAAGCCUUUGAAACCGGAGCUUGCCAGAUUUCCAGUGGAUUACCACACACACUUGGAUGCCCUGAGCAAACCCAGUGAAUACAGUGACCUGAAGUGGGGCUACCAGAGAGCCUCCAGCUGCUCUCCCCUUGACUAUUCGUUUCAGUUCACACCUUCUCGAACUGCAGGGACACGCCGAUACUCCAAGGAAAGCCUGGCAUUCAGCGAAAGUGAAUGGGGACCCAGUCUGGAUGACUACGACAGGCGGCCCAAGUCAUCCUACUUGAACCAGACGAGCCCUCAGCCUGCCAUGCGGCAGAGAUCCAGGUCAGGCUCAGGCCUCCAGGAACCCAUGACGCCCUUUGGAGCAAGUGCAUUUAGAACCCAUUCCCAAGGACACUCCUACAACUCUUACACCUACCCUCGCCUGUCCGAGCCUACAAUGUGCAUUCCAAAGGUGGACUAUGAUCGGGCACAGAUGGUCCUCAGCCCUCCAUUGUCAGGCUCUGACACUUAUCCCAGGGGUCCUGUCAAACUACCUCAAAGUCAAAGCAAAUCAUCAAGCAGUCAACAAUACCCAUCUGGAUAUCACAAAGCCACUCUCUACCACCAUCCCUCCCUACAGACCAGCUCACAGUAUAUCUCUACCGCUUCUUACCUGAGUUCUCUCAGCAUUUCAUCCAGCAGCUACCCGCCACCCAGCUGGGGCUCCUCCUCAGAUCAGCAACCCUCGUCUAGAGUAUCCCAUGAACAGUUUCGGGCUGCCCUGCAACUGGUGGUCAGCCCGGGAGACCCCAGGGAAUACUUGGACAACUUUAUCAAAAUUGGAGAAGGGUCAACUGGCAUUGUGUGUAUUGCAACUGAAAAGCACACAGGGAAACAAGUUGCAGUGAAGAAAAUGGAUCUCCGAAAGCAACAGAGACGAGAGCUCCUUUUUAAUGAGGUUGUAAUAAUGAGGGAUUACCACCAUGACAACGUAGUUGAUAUGUACAACAGCUACCUUGUCAAUGAUGAGCUCUGGGUAGUCAUGGAAUUUCUGGAAGGUGGUGCCUUGACAGAUAUUGUUACUCAUACCAGAAUGAAUGAAGAACAGAUAGCUACCGUCUGUCUGUCAGUUUUGAAAGCUCUCUCCUACCUUCACAACCAAGGAGUGAUUCACAGAGACAUAAAGAGUGACUCCAUCCUCCUGACCAGUGAUGGCCGGAUAAAGUUAUCUGAUUUCGGUUUCUGUGCUCAAGUUUCCAAAGAGGUGCCAAAGAGGAAGUCAUUGGUUGGCACCCCCUACUGGAUGGCUCCUGAGGUGAUUUCGAGGCUACCUUAUGGCACAGAGGUGGACAUCUGGUCUCUUGGGAUCAUGGUCAUAGAAAUGAUAGAUGGUGAGCCCCCCUACUUCAAUGAGCCUCCCCUCCAGGCAAUGAGGAGAAUCCGAGACAGUUUACCUCCAAGAGUGAAGGACCUACACAAGGUUUCUUCUGUACUCCGGGGAUUCCUAGACCUGAUGUUAGUGAGAGAACCCUCUCAAAGAGCCACGGCCCAGGAACUCCUUGAACAUCCAUUCUUGAAACUGGCAGGUCCACCAUCUUGCAUCGUUCCCCUUAUGAGACAAUAUAGACACCACUGAGGAGAGGGGUCAUGUCGGUCAAAAAGCUAGAGGACAUGCGCAUAAUUCAGGAGAACUUGAAACCACAGGACAUGCAAAAGACCAGCUGAUUGGUGGGACAAUGUGAUGACCAGCAGGGUUUAAUAGACCAGGGCAUCUUCUUGUGUCUUAAACAGGCAUCUCUCCACUGACAGCUGGCAUGAUCAUUUGGAACACUGCUUUAAUAAGUCAUUAUUAUAUUUUUCCACCAUUCAUCCAGAAAAUCAGAAGGAUUCAGACAAACUCCAUUAUGAAAUAUCCUAGCCACAUGCAGGGUAAUAUGUAUGUAGGGUUUUCUAUAUUGAAAGAAUACUUUUCUGGCAAAAAAAAAAUAAAAGAAAGGAAACAAAAAGCACUUUUUUCUUAAUGGUAGCAGUGUAAUGUAUUUUGCAAUGAAUUUGUAAUUUUUCUGUACAAUAGUUUUGAUAAUUUAUAGUACUUUGAUGUCACGUACCAUUGUAUCAGUUAAAGUAAUACUUGUUUACUAGCAAGAGUUUGAACAAAGCCUUUCCUACUUUUUUAUCCCUUUCAGAGAACCAACUAUUCUAUAGGAACUUUGAAUACUGAAUGACUCUCAAUCACCGUCAGCUUUAGUAAAAUAUCUUUCUUAUCUUAACAAGUGUCUUAUGUGAUGGAAGAAGAUUUCAGAGUGAUGGUGAUUGUGGUGCACAUUUCAUUGAUUCAACCAAAAACAAAAUAAAAUUUGAGCCACAAUUUACCACCAAACUACUCCUUGGGAUAAAGCUAAAUAUCUUAGAAAAUUACUCCAUCCUUGAUGCAUAGUGGGAUGUUUCUCCUAGAGCCCUCUCUUAAGUGGGCAUGCCAUGUCCCUUGUGGCCAAAUUGCUCUUCCAAGGAACAAUUUCAGUGCUGAGAUCAUGGGUCUCAGUUCCUCCAAAUGUACAUUACAAUCAGGCCAUGAGACUUACAGUAUCACAAAGAAAAAGGAGAGAGAAUGGGACAAGAUGUUUGGUUUCAUUUGUCACUGUUUUUUAAAACUGUAUGCUAGCACACCAAACUCUUGUCUGUACUUACCUUUGUAUCACAGUAUUAAUUGCUAUUGUUCACGUAUUGUGCUGGAAGUCUGAACCGACUCUAGAGGAAUAAUAGGAAAGGGGGUGUUUUACCGGUAUGAUCUUCAGUUGUGACCAUGUUAUAAUGUGUUUCUAACAUAGGAGAGUUGUGCUGCUGUCUAGAUCUUCUUGAAUGUUGAUAAAAAUGAAUGACUACUAUAAUACAUUUUGUGUUGCUUGUUGGAUGAAUUUGCAUGUUAACUGUAGGCCAAUAUAGAUUUGCCUUUAAAACCCUGGAAGUGCUACAUAGUCAUGAUUAGUUUUUAUUAAUUAUGCAUCAGAUAAAAGCCAUUUGUUACCAAACUAGAAAACCAGAGGUUUUUUCAUAAUGAUUUCGUCUACUGUAAUAAGAAUGAAUUUAAAUUUGUGAAAAUGCACUGGUUUCUCUAAGCAUAAUUAAUGAAUAAUUUUAAUUAAUAGGUUGUUUAUUAUUUAUUAUAGUUAAAAAGGAAAAAAGGCAUAAAAUGACCUUCUACUGGUUAGAUUUUCAGUUUUCUUCCAGACUGAAAAUGCUUCAACAUAAAUAAGAUCCUUAAUUUUAUUUCAUAAAACACACAUCAAUGUUUUAUGUACUAUAUUGAAAUAUUAAUAUAAAUAUGUAAGAAUAAAACUCUAAAUUCCGAAAGUGACAGUCCUAAAAGUUCACAGAACAGAUUGUAUUAUUAUAACCAGUACCAUAUAGACUAGCAAUUAAAAAAAAACUUUUUAUAAUCGGAACAGAUGCUAGAACCAUUAUGGAAAGUAGUAGAUUUGGGAGUCCAACCAUUUUUAAGAGUGUCAUAGAAAUUUUCAGUAAUUUUCUUAUCACUGGGUAUUUUUUAAUGUAGUCAUUGAGUUUACCAAAAGUUACUGUAGCUUAAAAAGAUUUUGUGAGCACUAUUGGCAGAAACUGCACUUGCAAAUAAAAAUAAAUGUUCGCCUUUU